UGGCUCCCUGGCUGCGAGUCCUCAGUCGGCGGCGGCUGCUGCUGCCUGUGGCCCGGGCGGCUGGGAGAAGCGGAGUGUUGGUGAGUGACGCGGCGGAGGUGUAGUUUGACGCGGUGUGUUACGUGGGGGAGAGAAUAAAACUCCAGCGAGAUCCGGGCCGCGAACGAAAGCAGUGACGGAGGAGCUUGUACCACCGGUAACUAAAUGACCAUGGAAUCUGGAGCAGAGAACCAGCAGAGUGGAGAUGCAGCUGUAACAGAAGCUGAAAACCAGCAAAUGACAGUUCAAGCCCAGCCACAGAUUGCCACAUUAGCCCAGGUAUCUAUGCCAGCAGCUCACGCAACAUCAUCUGCUCCCACCGUAACUUUAGUACAGCUGCCCAAUGGGCAGACAGUUCAAGUCCAUGGAGUUAUUCAGGCGGCCCAGCCAUCAGUUAUUCAGUCUCCACAAGUCCAGACAGUUCAGAUUUCAACUAUUGCAGAAAGCGAAGAUUCACAGGAGUCAGUGGAUAGUGUAACUGAUUCCCAAAAACGAAGAGAAAUUCUUUCAAGGAGGCCUUCCUACAGGAAAAUUUUGAAUGAUUUAUCUUCUGACGCACCAGGAGUGCCAAGGAUUGAAGAGGAGAAGUCUGAAGAGGAGACUUCAGCACCUGCCAUCACCACUGUAACGGUGCCAACUCCGAUUUACCAAACUAGCAGUGGACAGUAUAUUGCCAUUACCCAGGGAGGAGCAAUUCAGCUGGCCAACAAUGGUACCGAUGGGGUACAAGGCCUGCAGACAUUAACCAUGACCAAUGCAGCUGCCACUCAGCCGGGUACUACCAUCCUACAGUAUGCCCAGACCACUGAUGGACAGCAGAUCUUGGUGCCCAGCAACCAAGUUGUUGUUCAAGGUACUCAAAAAUUGUAAAGCAGGAUGUCAGUGAAUUUGAAUUCUGAACGUCAGUUUGAAGAUGCUGCCUCUGGAGAUGUACAGACAUACCAAAUUCGCACAGCACCCACUAGCACCAUCGCCCCGGGAGUUGUUAUGGCAUCCUCUCCAGCACUUCCCACACAGCCUGCUGAAGAAGCAGCGCGAAAGAGAGAGGUCCGCCUAAUGAAGAACAGGGAAGCAGCACGAGAAUGUCGUAGAAAGAAGAAAGAAUAUGUGAAAUGUUUAGAAAACAGAGUGGCAGUGCUUGAAAACCAAAACAAGACACUGAUUGAGGAGCUCAAAGCACUUAAGGACCUUUACUGCCACAAAUCAGAUUAAUUUGGGAUUUACAUUUUCACCUAUUAUGGUGGAAAAAGGACUGGCCUGGCCACAACCAGAAAGACGAAAUAAACAUUUUAUUUUCUAAACAUUUCUUUUUUUCUAUGCGCAAAACUGCCUGAAAGCAACUACAGAAUUUCAUUCAUUUGUGCUUUUGCAUUAAACUGUGAAUGCUCCAACACCUGCCUCCACUUCUCCCCUCAAGAAAUUUUCAGCACCAGGAAUCAUGAAGAGACUUCUGCUUUUUAUCCCCCACCCCCUUCAAGAAGUAAUCAUUUGUUUACUUGUAAAUUGAUGGGGGAAAUGAGGAAAAGAAAAUUUUUUUUUUUUUUAAUGAUUUCAAGGUUUGUGCUGAGCUCCUUGAUUGCCUUAGGGACAGAAUUACCCCAGCCUCUUGAGCUGAAGUAAUGUGUGGGCCGCAUGCAUAAAGUAAGUAAGGUGCAAUGAAGAAGUGUUGAUUGCCAAAUUGACGUUUUCACAUUUUCAUUGUGAAUUAUGUAAAAUUGUUAAGAGAUAUACCCUCUAAAAAAAGAAUUUUAGAAUGGUGUUGAAGAAAUUAAUGAAUUCAGAGUGCUUUCUGUGUACAUUCUCUUCAAUACUGAAAACUUGUUCUUGGUUCUUAAAAACAUUCUGUAUUCACUGCAGCUCUUCCAUAGGGCAGUUGUUGCUUCUUAAUUCAGUUCUGUAUGUGUUCAACAUUUUUGAAUACAUUAAAGAAGUAACCAACUGAAUGAAAAAGCAUGGUAUUUGAACUUUAAAUCAAAGUAAAAAUACAAAGCCUGUUUUAGUUUAGUACUAAAUUCUAGCAGAAAGAUGCUCAUUAGUACAGUCCCUUGAGUUAUAUAACAAGGUUUUUAAAUAAAUGUUUUUGUCAUCGCCUUCAAAAAUAUUUAUAUUGUCACUCAUUUACUUUAAAAGAUUUUUCUAACUGUUCCCCUUUGCACUUAUACCACCAACAGGAAAGCCUUCAAAAUGUUAAAGCAAAGUGAUGUAUUUGUUUGUAAAAUAUUGUGUGUUGUAGAAAAAUACUGAUUUUAAGUCUUUUCCAUAUUAACAUACUUUAACAGAGUAUCUAGUGAAUCUUUUAAAUGAAAAAAGUUAUAAGGUAUAGUUCUUUAAAAGUACAGUAUUAGAUAUGCACAAGGGAAAUAAUUUUCUUCAGACAUGUUUGAAUGACUGCUGUACUACAAUAUUUGGAUUGUCAUUCUUGAAAAACUUUUUUUGUUGUUGUUUUCUUCUCAAAAGAAUAGUUACACAUUAGCUUUCCAAAAUGCUAUAUAACUUUUGUCAUUCUGUGAAGGAGCUACCUGUUUUAACUCCUAACUAGAAAAGUCUGUAUUUGUAUGUAUCAUGCAUUGUUUCCAAUACUACUUUUAAUUAUUAUUAUUCAUUCUACUCACUAAGCCUGAUAAAUUUAAGAGUUACCAUUUGAAAAAAUAAUAACACUGAGAUGGCUUUGAAAAAUUGGAGAUUGACAAUGUCAGAUUAUAGUUUCUCAUUUGAGAAGGUUAUUCCUUUUUUAAAAUAGACUAUAGAAUUUAAUGUUUUAUGUUUAGUCAUGGGUUAUUUGUUAAGUUUAUUAAUGUGUUAAAAUAUGCAGAUAUGGGUGUUAAUUAUUGGUCCAUUUUGAAAAGUAAGAUUUUUAAUAUCUGUAAAUGGUAUAUUUUUGUUUGUAACAAACUGUUAUCUUUUUUCAAGGAUGAACAGUUUGUGAAGGAGCAUCAUUCUAAGAAUUGAGUGAUGUAGUCUUAUAUUUGGACAAUUCACCAGAUUCUCAAGAAGGCUUUCAAACGACUGUAAAUUUUGUUGUUUAUCCUGCUGAGCUAAUGGGGAAAGUUAUAGUAUAAAAGUUAUUUGUAUACCAGCAUAGAUAUAUCGUUUUCCAAAACUUGUUUAAUAGAAACCAAGCAAAAUUACAAAUCUGUUCACAAACUAGAAUUCUUUCUUAAUGAAUCAAAACUGAAUAUUUUGAAAGUCAUAAUCUUUAUAAGUGAAAAUUGCCUAGUAUUUAGCAAAUGAAAUGUUUUUCAAAAGUUAGGCCUUUCUAUUUAAUUAGAAAGUUGGUAGCUCUCUUAGUCCCUGAUAAAUCAAGGCAGUCACAUCCAUACUAGCUGGUUGGAUUUAUAAGUUAUAGACUGGGUCCUUUGUACCUUGGGGGUGACUGCACUGGUUUGAAGUCAUUAACUUAAUGGUGAGGUAAGAAAUAUAUUCUGUUGCUAAAUCUGUUUAGACCCUUGGAGAGACUUGAAGAUUUCAGUUUAUACAAAUAGAAAUUAAGCCUCUUUUGUGCAGACUUUUUUUUUUUAAGAGAAUUGGGGGAGAAAAGUAUUUGUUUUUAAGCAUGCAACUUUGAGAAUCUUUAUGAAGAAAAUAGCAUAAUUUUAAAAAAUCUUAUAGCCAAGAACAUAUGCGGCCACAUUAUAAAUGUUUUUUUCUCUUCAUAUUGGCCAAAAGGGAAUAAAAACACCAUCAUAGGAAUCUGUACAUAUGCUACUGAUUUGCCUAGAAAAUAGCAAGUUUGGUAUUGCUCACUUUGCAAUAUAGGGCCAUGUGGCACUUUUAUCUAUAGGACAGAUUAACUCUAAUAAAAAUGAAGUGGGAGGGGUUUAUUUUUGAUAUAUUGCUCUUAUGAGUUUUCAAGCUUUGAUAGUGUUUAACUGAAAAGUGGUUUAGAAAGGGCUAGAUCCAUUGUGUUCACAUUAUUAAAAAAAACCGAUAACAUGUAAUUCAUAAGUUUGUUCUUUUUCAAACUCAAGUACCAUAUUGGCAACCAUAAUAUUGUCAUAGGUGCUCUGUUCAUUUAGAUAUUCUUGGUGGGGGGGAAAUGGCAUUUGUAUAAUAUAAGUGUACAUAUAUAUAUACAUACAGUAUAUAAUCUGAAGCUCUGAGAGCUCUUAAGUCAGGAAUGCUGAGUAUUAUAGUAUAUUGAGGUCAGAUGAAAUUUUACAUUUUUACGUGUUCUAUUGCAUCCCUUUUGGUAGUUUCUUGGACAGCAUUACUCCAGCACUCAUGAUUGAUUUGUGUCCUAAUUUUCUUCCAAGAAUUUUUUUUUUUAUUGUUUUCUUUGGCUUGAUAUUUAAAUAUGUUACUAGUCACUUGAACACCCCCCGCUUCAAAAGUAUUUGGUUUCUAUGCUUUGUCUCUGGCAGCUAUAACAAUGGAAAGAACAUUUUGAAGAUAGUUUCUGAAAGCUUCCACUGAUUUUUCAAAAAUCAUCCUGGGGGCAAAAUUUUGGUGUUUUCAUUUGAGCAGGGAUUUUUGUCAGAAAAUGUUUUGAUGGUAAGUCAUCAGCAGUGCUAGUAUCUGAAAGCACAAUACCAAUCAGGCAGGCUGUCCAAUCAGGAGUCAUCUGGCUGAAGUUUAUCUCUGUCUCUCAGGCCUAAUCCCUAGUAUCAUUUUGACCAUUGGGGUGACGUGUGGAAUCAUACAAAGGCUUAUUAGGAAGAAACAAGUUUUUCAUUUUUAAUAUGCUUUUAAUUCUGUGAUCAACUACAGUCAGCUAUUAGCACAAAUCGGUCUCUUUAUUUUGAAGAUCAAAAGUCUGUUUCAUUUUGCAGGAUUAAAUAAGGCUAAUAUCUUAAAGUUAAGAUUUUGAAUUAAAGUGGUUUUUAGAGAUAAUUGUUACACACCUUUUCAGUUUUUUCAAGAGGCUUUAUUUGUGGCCUUUGUAAUCCUGAAAACUGUUGGUAUAUUGUUUCCCAUUGACUUAAUGCAAAAGGUAUGUAUUUAUUUGGAUUAUAUUUACAUUAUGUUCUUUGUAAAUGUUUGGGUGUAACUUGCACUUUUAAAAAUGACCCAGUUUGGGUAUUAGCAAACUUGAGAAAUUCCCUCAUCAAUUAAUUGUCAGCUGAUUUUUUUCUGUCUUUCUCCUCUGUUCAAAUCAUGUGGCUUUUUAAUGGAAACUUUUCACUGAUUAAAAUAUUUUAACACCUAAAGGCUAGCCUUAUAAAUAGCUGCCAAAAAAAAAAAAAAAAAAAUCAGGAAAUUAGAUUUGACUAGCCCAAUUAAAGAUGGGUUCAAAUCCUAUCUUACUCUUUUUCAUCAUGGAUAAAGAUAGAUGGGAAAGCAACUCAAGUGAAUAAGUAUUUAUUUCCAAAUUUUAAAUGAGACUUUGUCCUCACCCCAACAUUAAUGCUAUUAAUACUAGAGGAUCCCAAGAUAUCCAUGAAUUUGUCCAGAAGAGUAAAAGAUUUUCCAAGACAAUUAUUAUCAUCAUGGAGAACAUAUGUAAUCAUUUGAUUAAAUUUUUUUCACUUUAAAAUUGGCUUUGUUAACAUCAAAGGAAUGCUGCCUAAAUUUCAGAUGAGGGGGAAAGUGAGGUGUGUUUAUUUAUUAGUAAGCCUGUAGGUAAAGAAUUGUGGGACAGAUUUGUUCGCUCAGUUGUACAAAGCACAACUAGAACUUUUUGUUGAAUGGCUAACAUACAUCUUGAAUCCUUUUAAUGUUGAUAUGUUGACUUUUUUUAAGUUGACUGCACAGUCAUUCUAUGUACUAGGAACUGGUUUCCUUGACGUUCUAGAAUCAAUGGCUGAGAGAGGCACUAAUCCCAGGAGGGGUGGAACAUAUCAUGAAGCUGAGUCAGUAUGGAAGAAUUUCAAAUAAUCAAACAGGGUGCUGAAGUUCCAUCUGUCUCAUUUGCUUAUGAUAAGUUCUUACUGAUUAGUGAAUGUAGCUUAAGCCUUUGUAUGUGUCCUCAGGGGGCAAACAAACUAAGAGGGACCAGAUAACAUUUGAAUGGAGGGAUUAUAUUUCAGGUGUUUUAGCUUGAAAUUUAUUUUUUAAAAAAAUAAAAAUAGAAAAAAAAAUAGAACAAAGCCUGUGAAGCAAGUUGAUAUAAUGAACAGGCUGAGUUGUUUAGCACAGAGAGAAAAUAUUGACCUGUCUGCAUUCUGGUACUGUGCAUACAGGUCCUAGCUGGGCAAAACAUGAUACAUUUUGAAUUAUUCUCACCAGCAAGUCAAAGGAAAAUGAACAAUCUUCAGGAAAUGUCUGUGAAUGAGUUAAACAGUAGGAAAUUCAGAUUUUACCUACUUCAUACAGGCAUUAUUUAAUACUUGCCUACAGAAGUAUAGCAUUUCCAAGCUUGUGUUUGAGGAGCAUCUCAGAGAUGUGAGAGUAAAUCUGAGAUAGUUUAAAAAUUGGUAGGGGAGGAAGAAAAUCCCUGCAGGUAAUGAUCUUAUGUUAGGUGGCCAAGUGAAAUGAUCUAUCAUUGUAUUUGGGAGGUUUUAUUUUCUUAUGUUUUUAAAAUUGGUAUAUGCUUUGUAGACAUUGUAUUUUUAUCCAGGUGCCACUCCAAUUUGUGUAUGUAAUAAAAUUAUUUAUAUUACAAGUGGGAAAUGAUCUGUCAACAUUUUUCUGUGAAUAUAGAUUAGGGUGGCAGAGUGCUAGCUCACAGUUUUCCAUGUAAAGUCGUCCCCAACUGAUUUGCCACAUAUCAGUUGUCAUCCCCACCCAAAAAAGGAAUUAUUUCUAACCUAGCUGUAUCACUUGAAACUAGAAGCAAAAUAAUCAGGGAAGUUUCUAGAGAAAGGUGUUAGGGUUUUGGGGGUUUUGGUUUUCGUUGUUUUUUUGUUUUUUUUUUUUUUGGUUUUUUUUUUUUUUUUUUUUUGGUUUUGGGCCAGGGGGUUGGUUGGUUUUGGGUUUUCCUUGAGGAUUGGGGUAAAGGAUACCUCCCCCCCCAAACUAUCAGCACAAAACAGGGUAUUGAUUUUUAACUCUGAUGUUGCUAUUGGAGUUGAAUACUAAAUAAGUAACUAUAGUGAGGGAAAUACAUUUCUAAUAAAAUUCCCUACAUUCUAGAGACAUCCCUGUUUUAAUUUUUUACCUAAAUCUUUUUGUGCUUUAUCGUGUAAAGAGAAAAAAAAAUGUACUGAGUUAUAAUGCAUUUUAUUAACACUAUGUACAUAUUAGCUGCUUUGUGUUCAGAAUGGUAGCAGUUGCUUUGUAUAUUAAAGUGAUCCUUGUGAAUUUGUGAAAUAUUGUCAUAAAGUGCUUUUUCUUACUGUAAUCUUUGUGGUAUCAACUGUCAUAAUGCCCUUUUUACACAAACAUUUAUGUGCAGUCACAUAAACAUGCUUUUAAAAACUC